AUGCCAUUUAUAUGUGCAGAGUGUGGUAAAGGAUUCAAAUGGAAGUUAAUAUCUGAUACUCAUAAAAGAGUUCACACUGGAGAGAAGCCUUACAUAUGUGAAGAAUGUGAACAAGGAUCCAUCCAUAAAGCAAAGCUUCAUGAUUAUCAGAAAGUCCUCACUGAUGAAAAGCCCUUUGAAUGUAAUAAAUGUGGGAUGAGUUUCAGUCAAAAGGCUUCAUUUCAUGCUCAUGAGAGAAUGCACAUAAAAGAAAAAUGCUAUAAUUGUGAUCAGUGUGGGAAAGGAUUCAGGCAUAAGUCAAACCUUCAUGAACAUAUGACUGUCCACUCUGGAGAAAAGCCCUAUAAUUGUGAUGAGUGUAGGAAAGGAUUCAGUCGUAAGUCAAACCUUCACGUACAUAUGAGUGUCCACUCUGGAGAAAAGCCUUUUAUUUGUGAUGAGUGUGGGAGAGGAUUCAGUUGUAAGUCCAAUCUUCAUAAACAUCUGAAAGUCCACUCUGGAGAAAAGCCCUAUAAUUGUGAUAAGUGUGGGAAAGGAUUCAGUCGUAAGUCAAACCUUCAUGAACAUAUGAGUGUCCACUCUGGAGAAAAGCCCUAUAAUUGUGAUGAGUGUAGGAAAAGAUUCAGUCGUAAGUCAAACCUUUACGUACAUAUGAGUGUCCACUCUGGAGAAAAGCCCUAUAAUUGUGAUGAGUGUGGGAAAGGAUUCAGUCGUAAGUCAAACCUUCAUGAACAUAUGAAAGUUCACUCUGGAGAAAAGCCCUUUGUUUGUGAUGAGUGUGGGAAAAUAUUCAGUUGUAAGUCAAACCUUCAUGAACAUAUGAAAGUCCACUCUGGAGAAAAGCCCUAUAAUUGUGAUGAGUGUGGGAAAGGAUUCAGUU